UCCAACACAGGUGGUCAGAAUUUCUUUAGGAAACGAAACUGUCGGGAGCAGCGGCGGCUCUGAUGAGAUGGCGUAGGAGCUCCCGAGAGUCGUAUUUAACAGGUGAACAUGUGCGUUAACGCGUUACAGAGAAUCUAGAGGUGGAGGAGCCAUGGCCUGCGCCCUGGUGCCGCUGGACGAGCUACAGGUGACGGAGCCGGGCCCGGCGGGGAAGGCGCACGCGCUGCCCGCGCUGCACCCGGACAGGAAGGAGGAGCGCUGUUUUUUGCCUUACAGAUCCCCGCCGGAAAGCGGCUCUCCCGCCGAGGUGGAGGAGUUUCUGGAACACGCCAAGUUCAUCACGGAGGACCUGGAGUGGCUGCUCGCUCUGCCCCACGACAAGUUCUGGUGUCAGGUGGUGUUCGACGAGUCCCUGCAGAGGUGCCUCGACUCGUACCUGCACCACGCUCCUCGCGGCCUCGACCUGGCCGCCGCGGCCUCCUCCCCGGCGGUGGUCGACACGCAGCGCGCCGUCCACAGGGCGGUCUUCCUGGCCUUCCUCCGGAUGGCCACGCACAAAGAGUCCAAGGAGAACUUCAUCACCCCGGCUGUGUUUGGAGAAAUCAUCUAUGAGAACUUCCUGUUUGACAUUCCCAAAAUCCUGGAUCUGUGUGUGCUCUUUGGAAAGGGCAACAGUCAGCUGCUGCACAAGAUGAUCGACAACAUCUUCACGCAGCAGCCGUCUUACUACAUCGACUUGGAUGAGACGGUUCCCACUGUGUUACAGGUGUUCGACACCAUCCUGGAUAAGUGUGGUCUCUACUGUGAGGGAGCCACCGCCAUGGAGCCAAUGAAGCUGAACUCGCACAAACAGCCCACUGCCAUGACCAUGAGCCAGCAGGACCUUGCGGAUCUUGUUCUGUACCUGUGUGACUCCACCACCACCAUCCACGCCUUCCUGGACAUCUUCCCUGCCGGCUGCUCCAGCUUCCACUCCCACGGCUUCCUCGGCAGACUGACCUCCUUCUACGAGACCGCCGUGCCCGACCUCGAGAAGGCGUUGAGGAAGAGGAACUUUGACGAUAAGCGCGUUCAGGAGGACCUGUGGAGGAGGUUGUCCCACUCCUGUCGGGAGAUCGUGGAGAUGGCUCACCUGCUGCUGCACCACACCUGCCUGCAGCCGAUCCUGGAGGGCGGAGAAAACAUGCAAACGUUUGCGGAGGAGCUCCUACUACUUUUCACAUCGUUUUUACCUGAGAAAAGGUUCUUGUCGGACUAUGACGAGCAGUUCCCCAUCGCAGACGACAUCAGCCUCCUGCAGCAGGCCCUCCCUGUCCUGGAUGAGACCAGGACGUCCUACCUGCUGCAGGGGGUGCAGAGUGCCUGGGACAGCGUGGGGAGACGGAGUCGGCACCGGGGCGCGGCGGGCGGCGGCGGCGCCGGCGGUGCUGCCUCCGCCUCCUCUCCUGGCUUUGAACUGCAGGAGGCUCGACAGCCAGAAGGAGCAGAGGCCAUGUUGGCCCCCCGGAAAGGAAACGACGGGGCUGGCUGUGCGGUGAGCGAGGCCGAGCUGGAGUCCCUGCUGUCGUGUAUCCGGGACCUGCUGCCCGAUCUGGGCGAAGGCUUCCUGCUGGCCUGCCUGCAGGAGUACAACUACAGCUCCGAGCUGGUCAUCAACAACAUCCUGGAGGACCGGCUCACCCCCGGCCUGGACCAGAUGGACCGCGCCGCGCCGAGGCCUGUGAAGGAGGAGCUUCCAGAUGUUCUGGACGUCCGAUCCAACGUGUUCGACGAUGACGAGUUUGACGUUUUCCGCAGAGACCAGGUGGACAUGUCUCGCAUCUGGAAGGGCAGGAGGAAAGGAGAGAACGCUCGAGAGAUGCUGAACGACAAGCAGCACGUCGCGGAGCAGAAGGCCCGGUAUCUGACCUACGAGACGGUGGUGGACGAGGUGGUCGUGGAGCCCGGGGAAAGCGGCGAGGCGUACGACCUGAACUACGACGACGAGUACGACGACACGUACGACGUGAGCCAAGUGGGAGCCAACGACCUGGACGGAGACAGUCUGCUGAGCAGGAGACCUUUCACGGUUCCCCAGAUCCUGAGAAAAGUCAACAAACCAGAGUUUGAGGAAGAGGGUGAAGAUGAGGAGGAGGAAGAGACACCACAGAACAACGUGAACAGGGACCAGUUCGUCCAGGACCCGGCUCUGCUGAGGGAGCGAGCCGAGGCCAGAAGAGCUGCCAUGCAUCAAAGGAAAGGCUUCCGCCCGGAGCCGCGUCCCAGCAGCGUGGUGGGUCAACCCAAAGGCCAGGGCCAGAAGCUGGAGACGGUCCUGGACCGCCGCAAGAAGGAGGCCGCCAAGGGCCGCGGCGCCAACCACAACCGCCGCAACAUGGCCGACCGCAAGAGGAACAAAGGCAUGAUCCCGUCGUGACCUGCUGCCCGACGCGGAACCCACUGAGGAGGAACAACAACCACCACCAGCGGUACUCGGGUCAGGCUGCUGCCUGCAUUCGUCACCGCAGAGUCAAGAAGCCACAGAAGGUUUUGAGUUGAUGAAAAGUUGCUUUGAUUUUCAGACUUCUUCAGGUCGGAUGUUGCACAGCAGCGCGACACCGGACCAAACAUCUGCUUUUAGUGAUCAGGCCCAAAGAUUUUCCUUUUAUAGCUCAUAGUCAGAGGCCGAGGACAAAGAAUAAGACCUUUUUAUUUUAUUGCCAAGUAACAAAUCAGUUUAUUAUUAAGAGGUGUCGUUGACAUCAAAUAGACAACAUAGGAAUAAAAGGAAGCAACAGCCAGGUUUUUUUUUUUUUUUUGGAGAGUCUUGUGGUUCUUUCUGUAGCUGGAAGAACAAUUACUGACCUGGACAUCAGCGGCAGACUUGUGUUGCUCUCUACUCGUCCCGAACGAGUAACGCGUGGCGUUCAAGUGCACGCCGGCCUCCCGGUUCACGCCGCCGCCGCCGCCGUGUGUUUGGAAGCGCGUGAUGCACCAAGGCGCCUCGUGGCCUUUACAAAACCUCCACAUGUUGCCAUGCACAGACUAUUUUCUAUGAAGAGAACAGAUCUAUCGGAGCACUUUGUAACAAAAUGAAAAAAAAAAAAA